AUGCUUGGCGUUGGCCUACCUGGACCCGGCGUGGGUUUGGCUGGCGGCAGCAUCGGCGGUGCGCUGGGCGGUGGUGGCGCCACUUCACCUACCACAUCCACUGCCUCGGCAGGCAUCGUUGGUUGCGGCAGCAGCGGCCUAUUGGGCAGCGCUGGCCUGUUACCUGGCUCUGCCUGCAGCACUUUGCCACAUCCGCCGUCUUCCGCCGCUGCAGCCGCUGUCGUGUCCAGCGCCUUGGCGGCGGCAUCGGCCACAUGCGCGGGCGUUGGCAGCGCUACGGCAAAUUUAAAUAGAAAUCUAGUGAUAUUGCGCAACCACUUGCGUAAAAAUACAAAUGUGGCGCCUACAAUGGCGGCGGUAGCGCCUGCAUCAGCGUCAACAGCGCUAUCCACACCGACCCAUACGGGCAUAUUCAAUGAUAUCACGCCCACCAACACCACCACGAACACACUCAACAGCAGUACAAUCAGCGCACACAUCAACAACAUUAAUACUAAUCUGGAUAGGGAUCAAUAG